AUGAUUACAUAAAAUAAAGCCAUUCUCAAUUGGAAAGAGUUCUUUAUGAAUGAAAAUCUUCUCACCGAUGCUUACAAAUUUCGAGACUGGAAUUAAUAAGACCUUGAAAUUCCAGAGAAGGAAACCUUAAUUAAAGAUUUAACACGCACAAGAAAUGAUGACCCUUAUUUUAAAAAGGAAUCCACUUAACGAUAUCUUAUGCUACUUGCUACAUUUUAUUGUUAAUAAAACAGUGUGAAUUAUUAAUAAGGAAUGCUUGAAGUUGUGGCUCCAUUCUUAGUCAUGAAAAAUAGAGACUUUCCUAUAUACAAAUGCUAUGCCUAUUUUAAUUCGUUUAUGAAUAAGUAUUUUCCCAAAGUUCUUGAAUGGAAUGUAUAAAAUAUAUAUAUAUUUAAGAUUCUGAAGGGACAAAAGUAACUAGCUCAUGUUCUAUCUGCUAUUCAAUUUUGUGAAAUAUUGCUAAAGUAUCAUUGUGCUGAUUUUUAUAAUCGUAUUCUAAAACUUGAUGAUUUCAAUCUAUCAAUGGUAGUUACACCAUUAAUAAUGACACUUUUUGCCAAAGGUACUUCAAUUCAAUUAGUAUUUCUAAUUUUCGAUGAAUAUAUGAGAAGACAUAAUCCAAAUUACAUAUUUUUCAUGGUAACAGCUCUAUUCAUGUCACAAAAACAAGUAUACAAAAUAGAUAAUAAUAGAGGAAAUUUUAUCAAUUGAGGAUUCUGAAGAACUAUUUACAUAUCUGAAUAAAAAGUUGAAACAAAUAUAAUAUGAAUCUGAUGUUUAGAGAUUAUUUGAAAGAGCAGAUGAGAUAUAUUCUCAGACUCCAGCAUCUUAUGAAUAAUUAAUUGCAUCUACAUCAUUCAAUGAUAAAAGCGGUACAUAACCUUAUUCAUAUGCUAGUUUUAAGUGUUGAAGAUAUCACAGAAUUAACCAAUCUAAGUCAAUCAUAUUAUUCUUAAUGUUUAUUUAUAGAAGUUUCUGAAAUGAAAUCUCUUCUUGGGAAAUCAUAAAAAUAACCUUAAAAGAAUUUAUAGCUAUAAUUGCUUGAUAUCAGAAAGGUAAAGAAACCUAAGUUAAGUGAAUUCCUCCCUAAAUAAUGUAUAACAAAAAAACCUGAUGGGAAUUAACACACUUGUUUAAUUACUGAUUCAAAUCAAACUUUGGAUGAUGCAAUGAAAAUUGCAAAUUAGCUUAUUUUUGAUGGUGUUAAGCAUGUUUCUAUUUUAAAAGGAGGCUUUUAAGUAAAUUGAUCUAUUUCUAAGUGUAGUCAUUAUAGUUUUCUAUUAAGUAGUAAAAAGAUUGUUCGAUUAUGUGAU